GGAACCGUGACAGUGAGUGCCGGUGCGUGGCUCUGGUCUUCGUCAGUCACGCCCUGAGAAUUGCGGACUUUUUUUUUCUCUCCCAAUGGCCAGAGUUUUUUGGGGAGUUUUUCCCUAAAUAUUUACAAUUCACUAUAUAAAGGCUCAAUGAAGUCUGACGCACCCCAGUGAGAAACCUUACUAGGACAGUAAUGAUGUAAUCGUGUGUGGUAGAAAAAAAAAGACUUGCUAACUUCUAGAGUGAAAUCUUAACUUAAGAAACAUACGAUGGACGAUGAAAACUUCUUCAUGAGGAAGUUGUAGGAACGUAAUUCCGUUGACAAAGGUGAAAACAACAAAACGAGAUAAAACACAGAAAAAAAGGAAAGGAAAAAUCCACAACAAUGAGACGAAAAGGAAAUUUUACGCGGGUACUCGAUCACCGUCAAGUCCUGAACUGACACUGAAGAUUCUACCGCGCUGUAAACAAAACAACCCAUUGCGAGCCCAAAGACAGACCUUCUUCUUCUCUCAUUUUUUUUUGAGGUGACAUGGAGGUUCACUUGAAGAAAGCCAUCGUCGUGUUGCUGGUUACGUUCUCCUCGGCGACGUAUGAUUUUGUAGUGAAACCAGAGUUUGGGGAGAAGGCAAAGGACCUCAACAUAACCGCAUAUGUUGGACAGACAAGCAGACUACCGUGCACUGUGAAGCACCUAUCGGGGAAGAGGGUAUCCUGGAUACGCCAACGGGACCUACAGGUCUUAUCCACGGGACGCCACACCUUCUCCACAGACCUGAGGAUAUCAGUCCUGCCAGGGACGAGAUUUAAACUCCGGAGGCCGAGGGACCUCGUCCUCCAAGGGCAUCUCCAAAGCCACGUGUCUCAAGGGGCAACGAGUGAGUCACCCGGGUAUCCUGCAGUUGGCGUUCGGGAGCUGAAGACGAGUUCGUUCAUCUGGUUCGAUCCGCAACUCGAAGAUGAAGAGAAGGAGGAGGAGGAGGAGGUCAGGGAGCUGCCCGAGAACUUCGUCGCCGGGAUCACGUCCAGGAAAAGUUUAAGAGACUCCGUGGUACUGUCGGAUGAGGCAGGGCUUAGCAGAGGAGGGGGAGAUGCCCCCGGAGGCCGUCUGUCUCCCAGGGACAAGAAGAAGACCAAACGGGGCAGGCGAAGUAUACACCACUACAACUACAAGAGACAGAAGAAGAACUACUGGUUCAAAGAAGAUCUGCAGUGGGAGGUCCUAGCUCCCCAGAACGAUUACUAUGACUCCCCUUCGUCCCCAGGGGGCCAAAAGAGGUCCAAAAAGGCCCUCCUGCCCCCACAGAGCCACAACAACCAGGGAUACACCCAACUGCAGUCUCUGCAAGCUCUGGGGGCGCCUCCAUCCUCCACGAGGGGCCAGGCUAAAGAACAGAACGAGGCGCUGAAGAAGGAGACCAACCCUAUUGCCAUCUACCCGCAAGGGCCGAUCUCCGUCGCCUCGGACUCGAAAAACCUGAAGCUGGCUCCUAAUUACAUUGAUGGGGUCUGGGAGCCCGAGGAUUACACGUUGCAGAUCAAGUACACGAAACCCCAGGACGCCGGGACGUACAUCUGCCAGAUUAACACCGAGCCCCGAAUCACGCAAGCCGUGACGCUAAGGGUCGUUAAAAUGAAAGCGGAGAUUCUGAGCCGUCGAGAGCUGUUCGUUAAGGCCGGAAAUCCCGUGAAGUUGUCCUGUAGAGUCAACCAUGGCGCCCUCAGUCCAGGAUUCAUCCUCUGGUACAAAGGAGAACGCCUUGUCGAGUACGAAAACAGCGGAGGACGCAUCCAAGUGCAGACAGAGGCCGGGGGUGUCAGCCACCUGCUCCUGAACAACGCCCUGCCCGAGGACUCGUCAAAUUACACCUGUUCUCCCGCUGGGGGAGAACCUGCCUCCCUGAUACUUAAUGUUAUUGUGGAUGAGCGCCAAGCCGCCAUGCAACAGGGCAACCACUGCCCUUCCCUUCGAUCCCAGACGUCGACCGUCCUCCUGGGCACGACACUACUGAUGGGGCACCUCCUCUCAUCAUACCCAGCGGGACACCUCCAGCCAAUAUCGACUUACUUCUUCCCCUCGGGCGUGUUUUUCGGAAUGAGCUACUUCGUCGGGUCGUGCCCUGUGAAAGCCGCCUUGUUUGUGCUGCUCUUCACCGCCCUCCUGUUCGCCUGCGCGGACGGAGACCUCUACGACGAAGGGCAGCAGCAGCAGCGGAAGAAGAAUUCCUCAACCUCCUCCUCCUCCUCCUCCUUCUGCGCCUCCUUCUUCCGUUAUCCCAAAGGCGUCAGCAACGUCGCCUCCGACUUAUGGCGCAAAGCGUUGGAUCCUCUACUUCCCCCCGUUACGUUUCUCCUUCAGCGCCUCCGGCGGGAGUUCUUGGCCGCCCUUCGUCAGGAGGGAGGGGGCGUGGUCUCCUCUCGCGCCACGAGGGCUCCUCUCGUCAUUCUCAUCAUCAUCACCACCACUGGAAUUGUCGUUUGCAUGAUGUGUGUGUUUAUGUUCCUUGGCCGUGUUCCCUUCGUCUCAGAUGUCAUUUAAGAUAGUUUUAUGUGUGUGUAUACGAAUUGCGUGUAUAAGGGAGAUAAAAAACAAACAAACAAACAAACAGAACAAUCCUUAAUAUUUUUGUA